GGCGGCGGCGCGGGGUCGAAGGGCACGCGGGGUGCGUGUCAUGGCGGCCUCCAUGCUGGGCUGGGCCUGGGGCCCGCUGCGGCCCGGCGUGCCCGGCGUGUGGGCGCGCGGGCGGCGGCUCCCGGGGCCCGCGGGCUCGGGGCGGAGCGUGGCUGCAGCCAGCGGGCCGGGCGGCGCGGGCGCUGACCGCUACUGCCUGGAGCUGCUGCGGAAACGAGAUUAUGAAGGUUAUUUAUGCUCCCUGCUGCUUCCUACAGAAUUCAGAAGCUCUGCUUUUGCACUGAGAGCCUUCAAUGUGGAACUGGCUCAGGUGAAAGAUUCAGUUUCUGAGAAAACAAUUGGACUGAUGAGAAUGCAGUUUUGGAAGAAAACUGUGGAUGACAUAUACAGUGACAAUCCACCACAUCAGCCUGUGGCCGUUGAACUGUGGAAGGCUGUCAAAAGACAUAAUCUGACUAAAAGAUGGCUUAUGAGAAUCAUUGAUGAAAGAGAAAAAAAUUUGGAUGACAAAGCAUAUCGUAAUAUCCAGGAACUGGAAAAUUAUGCCGAAAACACACAGAGUUCUCUUCUUUAUUUAACACUAGAAAUAUUGGGUAUAAGGGAUCUUCAUGCAGAUCAUGCUGCCAGUCACAUCGGAAAGGCACAAGGCAUUGUCACCUGCUUGAGAGCGACGCCCUAUCACAGCAGCAGAAGGAGGGUGUUCCUCCCCAUGGACAUCUGCAUGCUGCACGGUGUUUCACAGGAGGAUCUUCUACGGAAGAGCCAAGGAAAAAAUGUGAGAGAUGUGGUAUAUGACAUUGCCAGCCAGGCACACCUGCACUUGAAGCAUGCUAGGUCGCUCCACAAAAGUGUUCCUGUGAAGGCAUUUCCUGCCUUUCUUCAGACGGUUGCUCUGGAGGACUAUUUAAAGAAAAUCCAAAAAGUGAAUUUUGAUAUAUUCCACCCAUCUUUACAGCAGAAGAAUACAUUACUUCCGUUGUCUUUGUAUAUUCAGUCAUGGAGGAGAAGAUACUAAAAAUAACCUCAUGGCACUGAUAGUAAUUUAUUUUUAUUAGUUUUACAGAAGUAUACUAGUUAGGGUUCUUGUUUAUAAGCAGCAGGUACUGACUGUUUACUUGAGGCAAAAAUGAAUUUAUUGGAUGGGUAUGAAUAGCUUACAGAAUUGAUGAGAAAUUACUGCGGGGCUUGGGGAACAAAACAUUAUUGAGAUUCUGCCUCAGACACUGCCUUUGUCUCCACCAGCCCAGACGGUGUCUACUGUCCCAUCCCUGUCCGGGGAGCCAUGCUGCACCACCAGGGGGCAGAGAGAAUGUCUCCUCCCUCCCUCAGCUGGGCCACUGCUAGUGCUGGCUCUGCAUUUGGAGAGCCAGAGCUCAGUGCCAGCACAGGUGUGAAUGAGUUGUUUGGGGUCCCAGAGAGUGCAGUUAAUACGUGAGGAGUGUCAGUCACUGUGUUGAGGGUUUUAUCCCUAAUGCUGGAGGCCCUGUGCGUGGAAUUCGUGCAAGAGUAGGCCUUUGCAGCCCCAGCUUUGUCUAAAAGGACGUCCAGAUGGUCGUUCUGCUGUUUGGCCAUCGGUCAAUUUGCACAUUACACUUCUUUUUAUAGAGUUCAUCCUUACAGCCCUGUGCAAUUUUAUCCAUGAUUAUGAUAAAGUAACUUCUGUAAGGUAAGACAGUUGGCUGUCAAGAGCUAGAACCCUAUUUCAACUUUAUGUCUGGCUGAUUUGAAAGUUUUUACUUUUUUGCUAACCCCACUGCUUCCCUUCUCUUAUUCUGUAUUGUGGUCACGAACAAAGUUGUAUUCAUAAAGUGUAUUAAUGUGAAGUGUAUUAGCACAAUUAUAUUGAACAUUCAUUAGGGAAUACUGCACUUUUAAAAACGUGUAUACUAUCAAUAGUUGAUCUUCCCACUGACAAGCUCUGGGCUACAUACUUUCAUCAGUGCUCUCAUUUGAUCUUUAAAGCACUGUGAAAGAAAGAAUUUUUUGGUAUUUAAAAUAUAAAAUACACACUAGUUGCAAAACAAAAUGGUUUGUAUUGCUGCUAACGGCAGAUCUGACUCUGAGCGAGUCCCUGACUCCCAGGACCAGGAUUAUGCCACAGCUCCCUUUCCCUUUCUUCAGUGGUCUUGUCUCCUCUCGGUUCACACCUCCCGUGUUCUGUCCCAUAUCCCAUCUCUCUUAAGCCUUCGGUUUCAGCCAUGGAGCAGUGCCUACUAAUGAUGGCUUGUUUUUUGGCCCGGCGAGCAUGGCUCAGUGGUUAAGCAUCAGACUGUGAACCAGGAGGUCACAUGCCCAGCUUGUGGGCUCGAUCCCCCGUGUGGGGCAUGCAGGAGGCAGCCAAUCAAUGAUUCUCAUUAUUGAUGUUUCUAUCUCUCUUCCUCUCCCUUCUCUGAAAUCAAUAAAAAUACAUAUUUUUUAAAAAUACUUUUUUUUUUGGCAAAUAAAACUUAAACUGAGAGCUGCUUAUGGGUAAGAAUACAUUGUUUUGUUCAUCUUGGGACCCCCAGCACCUAGAAUGGCUUCUGAUUUAGAGCAAGUAGAGGUUAAUAAAUGUAUAAUGGAAUGAAUGUGCAAUGUGAUUGUGCUAAGUAGACUCUAAGUUGAUCCUGAUGCUGAAAGAAUAUCCUUGUGUUUAAAUCUGUGGCUUAUAGAGCUUUUUAGCUUAUCUGAAAAAGGCAAGUACAAGGAAAUGGGACACAUUUCCUCUUGGGAUUCUGAGUGAUCCAGGGUUGAAGAGUUGGUUAGAGAUAGUCUUUGUUGGCAUUGUAUGUGGGUCUUCCUAGGUUCAAUGUGACAGCAAUCGGCUGCUACGCCUCUUGGUUCUUAUCUGAGGACCUGAAAAAGAAGGGUUUAAACUCUGUUGGAUCACUGGAUUUUUUCUCUGGCUCAGAAGCCAGUUUACUAGUAAGUAAAUUUCAAAGUACUUUCUAAGCCUUUUUAAAUUUGAUGCUUAGGGAUUUGAAUGAACUGAAGUUUCCAGUCUCCUAGAGAUUAAGAUGGGAUCUUAUUCAGAGACAAUUAUUCUUCUAUUAAUUUCCUGGCAUAAAAGAUACUCCCUUAGAUGGUGCCAACAUUCUUUUUCAUUUUUCACAUCUCGGGAUUUUUUAUUGAGCAUUUUAAAGGGGUCAGAUACAUUUUCAAACCAUCUAAGAUGUGUUUUGAUACUGAUUAUGUGGAGUGUAAUAAAUUACAAAUGUUAACUACAAAUUGCAGGUUAAUCUCAAUGUAGGUCAAGUUGCAUAUUAUUAUAAAAUAUGUUUUGGGUCGUUCCCAAACAACUGACAUUAUUUUUUACCUCCUUUUGGUUAAAUCUCUCCUUUUGAUGAAAUUAAAUUACUCUUGAGAACUUCCACAGCAGCUAACACCGAGCAUGAGUUUGGACAGGUGGUGUGCUCUGCACUCUUACGUUAUAAUCUUCACAGAGAAGUAGGCCUUUAUUUUCGAAAUGAUAAAAACUGCCUCAAGAGAUGUUCAGUUCCAAGUCACACAGCCAUCAGAACCAGAGCUGGAUGCCAAACCCACAUUACCUUAACGCCAAAGCCCACAACCCAUGUAUCUUUACCAUUCUUGAGAUGGUAACAUAAAUUGCCAAGUUGAAGAGUUCAAGGGCAUAACUAAUUUCAGAAAAAUUCAGUACAUUAAUUUUAGGUACAAAUUAGGUUUUUAAAAGUAUGGUUACUACAUAAAUUCCAACUACAAAUUAGGCGGGAGGGAACUAGGCAAAAGAAAUAGACAUUACGUGCUGGUCACUGGGUGGCAUAUGCAGGAGGGGCAUAGCACCCUUUUGGAGGAGAAAGGUUUCCCGGAGGAGAUGGUAUGUGGGAAGUGUCAGGAAAGUUGGGUGGGAGCCAGGUUACAGAACCCAAGCCUUCCCACUGGGGCUUGUAGGAGGCACACACGCGCAUGCGCGCGCGCGCACACACACACACACACACACACACACACACACACCCUGGGAGUUGAGUUCUACUUAUGCCUAACCACCCCACAUCUACCGUCUCAUCUCCAAAGCGUGUCCUAUAAUAAAGCAUCUGCAAGUGAUCAUGGCUGCUUUCUUUGGUCUCCUUUCACGGCUCCAGGCUUGUUUAGGAGAACAUCACAAAUAUGCUUUCCCAAGCCCCUUUCCUUCAGCUGGACAGUGCUGGGGCUCUUCUGUGAUGGUCUGGGCAGCGGACGAUGGCCCCUAAAUCAUACCCGAGGCUUUGGAGUGACUUGAACAUGGAUGGAUCCAUGUGCUCUAGAACCUGAUUUUAACGGACCAGACUCGGAAGGCUUACUUCUCGGGCAGUCCAGGCCCUUCUUGCCUCUAACCAGUUCCUGCCUCUCCUCAGCCUGUGUCAGGAGUAUAGAAGCAAUCACACAACGUACCUGGGAUGAGGAUAUCCGUAAGGAUUGGGUUUAAAAAUGGCCUCCCCUUCAGCAUGCGGUCUGCAUACAAAAAAAAUAAAUAGAACAAAUGCAAAUAAAAGGACAGAGCAAGUGAUUAAACUUGAAAGCAAGUUUUGCUCCUCAAAGCCUGUGAUGGAGCCGUGGUUGGACAUUUGCCUCUUACUGGAAAGGAAAACAUGAUUGAUAGUGAAAAGCAAUGAUCUGAUUGGCUGAAAUGUUUGGUCUAGAGGACUACUCCAUGUAAAAUUGCCUCUGACUUCCUGAGUCCUCUGUGACUGAUUUUUCAGUUUUACUUGCUAUGGUGUUUUUGUUUCUGUAUAUGUUAAACCAACUUAUCCUGUGUGCUAGCACUAGCUCGUUUUUAAUGGGAUGUCUUUAAAAGUUAUAUUAAUUCAGAGGAUGUUGGGAAAUAAUUGGCUCAAUAACGCAGCUUUCAGUAUAACUUAUGCCCCAAAACCUUUGUAUGAAAAGAUUCUGACUAAAAAUACCUAUUAUGUUCAUAAUGAAUACAUUGUUUUCUAUUUUUAUAGACGUUUCCUGUUUAACUUUCACAAACUCUGUGAUGUGGGUGUGACUAUUGUUUUUUUUGUUUUGUUUUGUUUUGUUUUUUAAUUCUUGUACUGGGAUAAGCCAAAGCUCAGCAAAAUCAAGUUCUUUUUCUUCUUCCCCUCCACCCCACCCCCUUGUCCCAAGGUCACCAUAAAAAGCAGGAACAGAAUCAAUGUUGGCUGCCUUCCAGCUUAAUGCUCCAUACCUUGUGUAAAGCUGGGAUCUUGGAACUCUUUCUAUUUACCUAGUCAUUUAAGCGACCUAAUUCUGAAUCAGGUAAAUAUGCUUAAGCCAAAUUGAAAUUAAGUGUUUAAAUAUGCUUAUUUUCGCCCAAGACCCUGCCCGCAAGGAUGAAGGGAGAUGGUAGCAGAGUGUUCACCAAUGAAGAAGACCUGCAGGGAGGACAGGGGUAAAAAACACUGAGAGGACUUUUAGGAGGGGGAAGAAGAGGGAGAGAAACUGAGAAGGCUUCAGUAUGGACUGAUAGGGGUCAUAAGAGCAAAAUAAAGGGUUGCUGUAAUCCAAAAUAAUAACAAUCGUAACACGCUUAUUUUCAGGAUGAUUUUAUUUACAGUAA